GUGAUUUUUUUUUUAUUCUUCUUCACAUACUUUCUAUAAAGUGAAAGAAAUGGAGAAGUUGAAUAAAUAUGUAUCAGUGAAAGAUGAAGAUCACUUUUAUCAUCAGGGAGCUGUGGAGCUGCUAAUCUUUAACUUUCUACUCAUUCUUACAAUAUUAACAAUUUGGUUGUUUAAAAACCAUCGAUUCCGCUUUCUGCAUGAAACUGGAGGAGCUAUGCUUUAUGGCCUCGUAAUGGGAUUAAUUAUACGUUAUGUGACAAAAUCACCAGAUGUUGAAAGUGGGACUGUUUAUGAAUGUGAAAAGCUGAGAUCUGGGCCAUCCACUCUGCUUAUUAAUAUAACUAAUCAAGUCUACGAAUAUCAAUACAAAAGAGAGAUCAGCCACCACAAUGUCAAUGGUCACCAGGGCAAUGCAAUGCUUCAAAAGAUGACCUUUGAUCCUUCCAUCUUCUUCAACAUUUUGCUGCCGCCCAUUAUAUUUCAUGCUGGAUAUAGUUUGAAGAAGAGACAUUUUUUUCGUAACUUAGGAUCAAUUUUAGCCUACGCCUUUUUGGGAACUGCCAUUUCCUGCAUUGUCAUAGGGUUGAUAAUGUAUGGCUUCGUGAAGGCCAUGGUACAUAUUGGCCAGUUAAAGCAAUGGGAAUUCCACUUCACUGACUGCUUAUUUUUUGGAUCACUAAUGUCUGCCACAGAUCCAGUGACAGUCCUUGCUAUUUUCCAUGAGCUGAAUGUGGAUACAGAUUUGUACACACUCCUGUUUGGAGAGAGUGUCCUAAAUGAUGCUGUGGCUAUCGUGCUGACACACUCUAUAUCCAUUUACAGUCCUAAGGAGAAUCCGAACACUUUUGAUGCUGCUGCUUUCUUCCAGUCAGUCGGAAAUUUUCUGGGGAUCUUUGCUGGAUCAUUUGCUAUGGGAUCCUCUUAUGCCGUUGUCACAGCUUUAUUGACAAAAUUUACAAAGCUGCGUGAGUUUCCUAUGUUGGAGACAGGUCUGUUUUUCCUCCUAUCCUGGAGUGCCUUCUUAUCAGCAGAAGCCGCUGGGCUUACAGGUAUUGUUGCUGUCCUUUUCUGUGGAGUCACACAGGCCCAUUACACCUACAAUAAUCUGUCACCAGAUUCCAAAAUGAGAACCAAACAGUUGUUCGAGUUCAUGAAUUUUUUGGCUGAGAAUGUCAUCUUCUGCUACAUGGGACUCGCGCUAUUUACGUUUCAAAAUCACAUCUUCAAUCCUCUUUUCAUAUUUGGUGCACUUGUGGCAGUUUUUGUAGCAAGAGCUUCCAACAUAUACCCACUUUCUUUCCUUUUGAAUUUGGGUCGAAAACAAAAGAUUCCCAGGAACUUUCAGCACAUGAUGAUGUUCUCAGGUCUGCGCGGUGCCAUCGCCUUCGCGCUGGCCAUUCGCCGCACGGACUCGCAGCCCCAGCAGAUGAUGUUCACCACAGCCCUGCUGAUCGUCUUCUUCACCGUCUGGGUCCUCGGGGGGGGCACCACCCCGAUGCUCACCUGGCUGCAGAUCAGAGUUGGUGUAGAUCCAGAUGAAGACCUGAAAGCUAAAGCUGCGAGCCAGAGUGCCUCUAACUUGGAUAAAAAUACAACCAAAGCUGAGAGUGCGUGGCUGUUCAGAAUAUGGUAUGGCUUUGACCACAGAUAUCUGAAGCCUCUCCUAACCCACACUGGGCCACCUCUCACAUCAACCUUACCUGAGUGGUGCAGCCCUGUUGCCAGGAUUCUGACCAGCCCCAGCGCAUAUGGGGAUCAACUGAAGGAUGAUGACACAGUUUAUAUCAUCAAUAAUGAUGACUUGACCGAAAACUGUGAAUCGUCUGCUCGCAUACCAGUGCCAGCACAGGACAGCACAGGCUCCAUCCAGGCUACAGGCAAGGAAGAUAUUCAGGAAGGGGACCUGGGAUUAGGAGGAUACAAACUCCAGCUUCAACACUCUGCAGGUCAACCCCAGAAAAAUUCAUUGGCAUGAGCAGUGUAAUGUUAAUCACAAGACUAAAACAAAGAAACAAAAGAUCCUGUUAUGUGAACAAGAGAUCAGAAAAAAAAAAAAAGUACUAAGCACAAAAAUCAAAGAAAAUUUAGAUUUCAGAUACUAAAUGCCUGCUCCUCCCAGGAAAGACGUUUGCUAUCAUAUCCAUAUAUCUACAACCAUGUGCAGGUUUUAUAAGUGCAGCAGUUUUUAGUAUAAAGACAUAGGGCAGUACUAGCCCACUGGAAAUCCAUUUUAGUAAUGCUUUGUCUCAGCAUUUGACUUCCUAACAUUCAUGCUUACAGCUCUUUUCUUCAGCUGGUCCUGACAUGAUUCACACAUAACUACUCAGUAGCUAUUACAUUUAUAAGGAAGAAGCAGAAGAUUCCUUGUCCGACGAGUACAUGAUGUGAAAAUGCUUAAAACAUGCAUUGCAGAACCUCAGUCUUGGUAAAUAAAGCUCCUUCAUGCUCACAGCAUAGACUUUUCCUGACACCCAGCCAAAUAUUUGCUUUCUAAAUGCACCUUAUACCUGGUCCACAGAGGGUUUCACUAGGCUGAACACUGAUAGUAGGAGACAUCAAGGUGUGUUUGAAGUCAGCAACAAACCCUUCAGGGCAGCACCAACUGGGCACAACCACUGUUUAACCAGAAGUUAUUCCACAAGGCUUUUGUUGUUACAGCUUGGCAACACGCAAAUCUUGGAUGGGGACAAGGCUUUCUUGUUUUGAAAGAUCAUUCUAAACAUAUACUUUGAUUUAAGAACUCAAAUGUUUCUCUUUUUUUACUGUUUAAGAAGAGCUGUUUAGAAUCAAAUAUUUCUGCAAAACAGAUAUCUUCAGACUGCCUGCUCCAAGGAUAAAUUUGUCCGUCUCUCUACUUAUGCGGGACACUCAAUGUUACACUAGAAACGAGGACUGUGGUGGUUAGAUACAAAAGGGAAAAAGAAAACAAAGAGGGGUAUCAAAGUGCUCAUUGCACUGCAUAAACACAGUAAAUGGAUAACCAACUGCUCAGCCAUACAUACAGCUGACUGCCAUAUAGUGUCCAGCAUCAGUACAGAUCAGCUAAGCAGUGCAAAGCCAGGGAUAGAGCCAGGCUUCUGUUGUUAGAGCACGUGCCUUUCCUCACAGCAGAGGUUUCAACUAACUGUGCAUGAUGUUCCUACUAAGAAAGCCAAAACAUCAGGAGUUUUUAAGGAAGAUCAUUCUUAGUAUACAAAGAAAACGGGCAAGAAGAAAUCUGUGAUU